AUGCCCGAGUUCAAAUUGUACCAUUACGACCCGUCUGCUGGCUGUGCUGUCGCCUUCGCAGCAGUCUUUGGGCUCACUACCGUGGUACACAUCUGGCAAUUAGGCCGGAAUCGAACCUGGUACUUCAUACCAUUUGUUAUCGGUGGUUUAUCGCAGAGGAAGCCCCCCGAUUUCACCACUAAGCCAUAUAUUGCACAGAGCUUGAUGCUCUUGUUGGCACCUGCGUUCUUUGCGGCUUCUAUAUACAUGAUUCUCGGUCGUAUCAUUCGUUUGCUGAACGGGGCUUCGUGUUCACUGGUCAGACCAUCAUGGUUGACCAAGAUAUUUGUGACGGGUGAUGUGUUAUCCUUUUUCAUCCAGAGUGGAGGAGGUGGAAUGCUUGCUAGCGCGAAGGACGAGUCGAAAGUAAAACUCGGAAACAACAUGGUUGUCGUCGGACUCAUCGUUCAAAUCCUAUUCUUCGGGUUCUUUGUCGUUGUAUCUGUGAUUUUCCAUCGUCGCAUGCUAGCAACACCCAUGUAUGCUGCGGGCGACACUCAAAUUCCCUGGACCCGCUAUAUGAAGGUUCUCUAUACUGCCAGUGUCUUGGUCCUCAUCCGAUCAAUCUACAGAGUGGCGGAAUAUGUCCAGGGCAGUGGCGGAUACCUUCAAAGUAAAGAGGCAUUCAUAUACGUAUUUGAUGCGGCCUUGAUGUUCCUUUGCUGUCUGCUUUUCAACGUCUUCCAUCCAAGCAAGAUCCUCGCGGGCUAUCGCAAAACCCAGGGUGAUCCGGAUCUAGAAAUGUUGAAUCAUAGCGGACCUACCGAAUAUGCAGGACAAGGCAGAUACAACAACCUCUAA